CUCUGAAUUGCCCAUAUCCUGGCCGAAUGGCUUCCCACCAUAUAAAAUACAUUAUGUGACAUUAAGUAUAGGCUUCGUUUAGGUUUAAAUAUGACGGUUAAUGCUACUUGCAGUUGGUACUAUGAUGGAUUCCACGAGAUAAGCGAAGACAUAAAGAUAAUUGAAGAAAAAGGGAGGGGAAACCAUGAGAGCGUAAAAAAAAAAAUGCUAAGAAUGAAAAAACGUGAAGUGAUAAGGGCCCCGCCUUAUUUCGUUACCAUAUCCUCCCUGACGUAUGCAUUAUCCAUAUACUUGAACUCCGCAUCCUCUUGACGCCUUCGCCUACCCAGAUAUACUUUUAUUAUUCAAUUCGUGGAGGGCCAGGGCUUGCU